ACAUUAUGCGACAGGGUUGGACAGCUCACCCAACAAAAGCAGGAACAGUGGCUGACUGCUCGAGACAAGUGGGUGGAACCCACUUAAACGGAAUCUCCGCUCGAAUUGGCGGGAAAUCAAACCCACCGCCGUAGCCAUUCCACGUGUCCAAAUCCGCCUAGGGUUUUCUCAGCGCGGCGAACUGAGAGUCUCGAGACAGCCCAUUUCGCGCUCGUCACUUGCCGCCUCCGCCCCCAUAAGAACCGCAUCGAUUCCAUAAACCAAACUCCCUUUUCUCCAUCCCCGGAUCUCUUAAAACCCUAAUCGCAUUCAGAAAUCAACCAAAGCCAUGGUUGGAUAUGCGUUUCAUUAUAAAUCGAAGAUGAUGGAGGAGAAGAACGGGAAGAAGAAGAAGAAGAAGAAGCCUUCGUGGCUGGAAUUGCUUCUCGAGACCAAAUUCUUCGGCGCUUGUGCUGAGCAUCAAGGGAUUAAGAAGAAGAGCGAGAUAAACAUCUACUGCGUCGACUGUAACGAGUCCAUGUGCUCCUUCUGCGUUUCCUCCCCAUCUUCCUCGCAUCGCUACCAUUGUCUGCUUCAGAUUCGGCGCUACAUAUACCAGAACGUGAUUAGGAUACGCGAUAUGCAGAAGUUCACGGAUUGUUCCGGAGUUCAGCCCUACAUUGUGAAUGGAGCAAAGGUAGUCCUUCUAAACCCUAAGAUGCAAUCGAAGCCGUCGAAGUCCGCCGUCGCUGCCACUUCGUUCUGCAAGUCUUGCCGGCGAACGGUGGCGGAGCACAACGGGUACUGUUCCAUCGCAUGCAAAGUCUUCGAGGAGAUGGCGAGGUCGCCGGAACUUGACGGCGGCUGCUCUCCGGCGAAACUUGAAGGACUUGAACUCUCCCCUGAGGAGGAGGAGGAGGAGGAGGAGCGCGCUUUUUCUAUCGGAUCUUUGGAGCCGUCCGAUUGGGGAGUGGAGGAUCUCAGCCCUUGUAUCGAACUGCCUACACCCAAUCCAAAGCUAAGGGCCGUCCGACGGAAGGGGACGCCAAGACGGUCUCCCAUCUUUUAGCAUUCUUGGUGAAAUUAAAUUUGCUCUCUUGCCGUUACAGAGGACUAAUAGCAAUCGGUCGAAAUAUUACAUUUUUUUAGUAGAAAAAUUAUAUUUUUCAUAAAAGAUUGCAAAUAAAAAUUGCAGUUAUAAGUUUUGGAUUUUCUUUAAUUGUGAGCCUACCAUUUUGUUACAUGAAGAUAGUGGCGUAAACGAGCCAAACAC